AGGGUUGCACUGCACGUCUUCCUGGUCAUCAGCUCUCCUGUCCUGCAUCACCAUCCAACAUUGCACAACAUCUCCCAUUAGUCCCUUUUAGGAACAUCACCGCUCAGUCGUCUUACACGAACCGACUUGUACACCGGCCAACCUUUCCACUCCGUCACACGACUACAACACACGCCACUCCGUCUCUUCCCCUUUUUUGGAACACAUCCAUACAAAACAAACAUCAUGUCUCCCAUCGUCGCCCGUGUCGCCCUCCGCAACGCCGCCCAGCGCCGCCAGUUCUCCCUGAUGACGGCCAUGCGCACCACCAUGCGCUCCUUUGAGCCGCACCCCUUCCAGAGGCUGCCCAUCGCCGAGAAGGCGCAGCCGGCCGACUGGGCCAAGACCUUUGCCCGCAGGGGAAAGACCCUGGGAAUCUACUUCCCCGGCAUGGCCCUGAUCCUCGGCUGGCCCUGGAUGGUCCAGAAGGCUCUUGACGGUCACAUCCAGUGAGACGAAGGAGCACACCGCAACCACGAAACCGACUGCAUCUACACUUCUCGACAUUGCCGACUGGGGGAUAUAAUCACGAAACUUUGGUACCAUAGAGCACAUCUUCUUUGGCUUUCAAGGAAACUUUGCAUCAUGGGGUCCUGUACAUAUUCGAGGCGCUUGGAGUUAUCUGGGUGGGCUGGCAUUUGGGCGUUUUCAUCGCGGCCGGUCAUUGUUUGUGCCGCCGAACCUCGUGACCUCUACUGGUUACAUAAAUCGAAUCUACUUUGUCUAUACCUGUG